AAAAACGCGAAGGAAGGAGGGAGGCCUCUUCCUGAAGGAGGCUGUGGGGAUUCCGGAAGUGAGGAGCGAGGCUCUGGGCCUUGGCUUCUGGGAUGAAGCGGCGGCCGAGAAGAGGGGGAGGCGAGGCGGGGAGAAGCCGGGCAUGAGCGACGUGGUGGAGCGGACGCUGAGCGCCUUGCCGGCCUUGCUGGGGCCCCAGGAGCCCGGCGCAGGGAGGGCCGGAGGAGGCGGAGGAGGCGGAGGAGGGAGGCAGGCCGCGUCGCGCCUCGGAGGCCUCAUCCGGAGCAUCACCGCCCUCGCCUCCAAACACGAGGAAGAAAAGUUAAUCCAACAGGAAUUAAAGAGUUUGAAAGCAACCGUUUCUGCACCCACAACAUCACUACGACUCAUGAAAGAGUGCAUGGUGAGACUGAUAUAUUGCGAGAUGCUGGGCUAUGAGGCUUCUUUUGGAUACAUCCAUGCCAUCAAGUUAGCUCAGCAAGGCAACCUUUUUGAGAAAAGAGUUGGUUAUUUGACAGUGUCCUUGUUUCUCCACGAAAACCACGAGUUGCUGCUUCUGCUUGUGAACACAGUUGUAAAGGAUUUGCAGAGCACUAAUCUGAUGGAAGUGUGCAUGGCUCUCACUGUGGCAAGCCAGAUUUUUCCACGGGAAAUGAUCCCAGCUGUCCUUCCAUUAAUAGAAGACAAGCUUCAGCAUUCAAAGGAAAUCAUUCGAAGGAAAGCGGUUCAGGCCCUGUACAAAUUCUACCUUAUUGCGCCCAACCAAGUCCAGCACAUCCAUGACAAAUUCCAGAAGGCGCUUUGUGACAGAGAUGUAGGAGUGAUGGCUGCUUCAUUACACAUUUAUCUCCAGUUGGUGAAGGAAGAUUCCUCUGGAUACAAGAACUUGACAGGCAGCUUUGUAGCUAUUUUGAAGCAGGUCGUAGGAGGAAAACUUCCUGUCGACUUCAACUAUCACAAUGUACCUGCACCUUGGCUACAGAUUCAGCUUUUAAGAAUAUUGGGGCUCCUUGGAAAGGAUGAUGUAAGGACCAGUGAAUUAAUGUACAAUGUUUUGGAUGAAUCUUUAAGAAGGGCAGAGAUCAACCACAACAUCACAUAUGCCAUCUUGUUUGAAUGCGUCCAGACAAUUUACACUAUUUACCCUAAAUCUGAUCUCCUCGAGAAGGCUGCCAAAUGCAUUGGGAAAUUUGUUUUGUCACCUAAAAUUAAUUUGAAGUAUUUGGGAUUAAAGGCCCUGACAUAUGUCGUCCAGCAGGAUCCCACCUUGGCCCUGCAGCACCAAAUGACCAUCAUUGAAUGCCUAGACCACCCUGACCCUAUUAUUAAAAGAGAAACAUUGGAACUUCUGUACAGAAUCACCAACGGGCAGAACGUCACAGUCAUUGUUCGGAAGAUGCUUGACUACCUAACGCAAACCAAGGAAGAAUAUACCAUUAUCAACAUUGUUGGCAAAAUAGCCGAAUUAGCGGAGAAAUAUGCUCCUGACAAUGAAUGGUUCAUCCAGACCAUGAAUGCAGUAUUUUCCAUAGGAGGGGAUAAAAUGCAUCCAGACAUCCCAAACAGUUUCUUGCGACUCCUUGCUGAGGGGUUUGAAGAUGAAAAGGAAGAUAGCCAGCUGCGGCUUCAUGCUGUCCAGUCCUAUCUGAAGUUGCUACAAGACGAAAAUGCAGUUUACCCACAGAAAUUUGUUCAAGUGAUGAGUUGGGUGCUGGGAGAAUAUAGUUGUCUUAUGACCGAUGUGGACCCCGAAGUUGUCUUGGCAAGUUUGCAUAGGAUUCUGGAGAGGAAGGCCACUUCUGAAACGAAAGCCUGGAUUAUGGCUGCAGUCACGAAAAUAGCAUCUCGUUCGAUGUGUUCAGAAACUGUUGAUAAACUCAUCAUGGAAUUCAGUACCUCCCUGGAUACUUGCAUGAGGCAGUACGCCUUCGAAUUAAAGCAUCUUUAUGAAGACAAGGAAUUGAUGAAGAAGUUGUUCCCCGUUGAUGCUAGUUAUGAGGAUAGAGUGGUAGAUGCUUCCUUAUCUUUCUUAGAUGGGUUUGUAGCUGAAGGACUAGACCGCGGUGCAGCCCCAUACAAACCUCAUCACCAAAGGCAAGAGGAGAAGUUGUCUCAGGAAAAAGCUUUGAAUUUUGAACCUUAUGGGCUGUCCCUGUCCCAAAGUUUCUCAGCAUCUAGCUUUACUGGAAGGCAGUCCCCAACUGGACUUUCUCUGGGAUCUGACAUCUCUGGGAAUAGCACCGAGACAGGACAGAAGGGGGCCAACAAUUUGAAGCUUGAAGGUAUUAAGAAACUUUGGGGAAAAGAAGGCUACCUCCCACAAAAAGAAAGCCCAGUGGAAAAUGAAGACAGCAUCAAAUCAGUUCUGCCCACCAGCACAAUUCUGGAGAAUAUUGUCGGUAACUUUCCAUCAACGUCUGAGCCAAAAACGCCUGUCCUUUCGGAGGGAGAGAAAGAGAAACAACAACUAGCUUCAACCCUCUUUGUUGGCCUGAGCUCACAAAGCAGCAUCAGUCUGAUGGGCAAAGGUGACACCGCAACCCAGAAGUUCACAAGGAAAUCCAAAAUAAGCGAAGCCAAAGCAAACGAGGGACCUUCCAGUGCCCUUUCUCCUCUUGCAGACACACUCUCAAAGAACAAGGAGUCCUUUCAAAACAAUGGGCAGCGUGGAUUUAGGAAAGCGUCACUGAGCUCUGUUGAAACUCCUGGAUUCAAGGUGGUACCUGUCAGGUCUCACUCUCUGCAGGAAGAUGGACUAAACGACCGGCUUUUGGACCAUAGGCUUUCUCAGACCUCUCUGUUCGCCGAUUGCAAUAUGGAGAUCUUUCCUCCUCCUUCAAGUGCCCAGACUGUAGUUCGUAAGCAGCACUCUUUGAUGCCUUACUUACCGGAGAAAGCGGCUCAAUAUCCUCAUUCAGAAAUGACACAACUUUGCUCCGAUGAAACUCUGGUUUUGUACUUUUGUAAAGUCUGGCAGGAUGAUUAUGUUUCACUGUUUUUGUUUCUGGCCAAUAAGAGCAGCAGUGUUCUAAGAGAUGCGAGUCUGGAAUUGGAGCGCACAGAGCAUCUAAAGAUGGUUGAACAUCUUGGCUGUCAUUUUGCUACAAUAGGAGCUGAAAGCAUAGAAAGCUUCCAAACAAGUGUUGAGAUGGAGGAACUUUGCUCAUCGGUUGUCAUUUUGGGUUCCGUCGUUUACCAUCUAGAAUCGGAAACACGCCUCAGGUUUUCUGUACCUUUAGUCCUGCUGGAUUUUAUCAGGCCAAUGAAAAUGACCACUGAUGAAUUUGGAAAGCUGUGGCUGACAGUUUCAAACGAUGUGAAGCAAAAUGUCAAGAUGGCGCCCUCUCAGGGAUCGUUGCCUGUUAUUCUGAACACCUUGCAGCAAAAGCUGAAGCUACAUAUCGUUGAUAUCAUAGGUAAUGAGGGAAUAGCGUCGUGUCAGCUGCUUCCAUCAGUGCCAUGUUUGCUCCAUUGCCGUAUCCACGCCGGCAUGUUGGCACUAUGGUUCCGGUCCCCUUGCUCGGCUCUUCCGGACUGUUUGCUUUAUCAGUGUCAAAAGGCGAUGGAAGAAUCCUGAGUGUGUUGCAGUGCCUCCUUUUUGGAAAAUCUCUGAAUGCCAAGGAAGAUUUAUGCGGUUUUUGUACAGGGUUUGAUCGAAGCUUCUCCGGAGCAGAGUUACACAAGAAUAAACUCUAUGGACACGAGGAUUUAAGGUGGUUCUCCUGCCCUUUGCUCCAGAAAGAGCUCAGGAUCAGUCAGUCCCUGACGAGGGACUAAAAGUAUGGGUCACGUCUUAUGCAACAUGAGUGUUUCCUAUUUAUUCCCAUUCAUAGGAACAGCACCACUUGAAUUCCUUCACGUCCUUUCAGGAAUAUUCUCAGUUAAGAACUUUCCUUGAAACAGCAUCGCCAUAGACGAGAGUUAGAGGAAUGCAAGGUGCUAACUGUUGAUGCAACUGACAUUCAGUUAUAGGAUAUCUAUAGGAUUGUCCCAUGCCUGCUGGCUAUGGUUUGGUUGUACGAGGGUUGAAUGAAAAGUAAUGCCUCCACCUUCGUAACUCCUCAACAGAUGGCAGUACUGGUAUGCAGCAGGUACUGGCUUGUUCAGUAGACUCUCCUCUACAGUUCCAUUUUGGCGGGAAGCCUUAGCAGAAAAAGUAAUGCCUCCAAUAUCGUAACUCCUCAACAGAUGGCAGUACUGGUACGCGGCUGGUACUGGCUUGUUCAGUAGACUCUCCUCUACAGUUCCAUUUUGGCGGGAAGCCUUAGCAGAAAAAGUAAUGCCUCCAAUAUCGUAACUCCUCAACAGAUGGCAGUACUGGUAUGCGGCUGGUACUGGCUUGUUCAGUAGACUCUCCUCUACAGUUCCAUUUUGGCAGGAAACCUUAGCAAAAAAAGUAAUGCCUCCACCUUCGUAACUUCUCAACAGAUGGCAGUACUGGUAUGUUCAGUAGACUCUCCUCUACAGUUCCAUUUUGGCGGGAAGCCUUAGUAGAAAAAGUAAUGCCUCCAAUAUUGUAACUCCUCAAUAGAUGGCAGUACUGGUAUGCGGCAGGUACUGGCUUGUUCAGUAGACUCUCCUCUACAGUUCCAUUUUGGCGGAAAGCCUUAGCAUUGAACGAUUGUGUUGUUAAAGUGCGACGUAUGGAACCCUGCGCAGGUGGUCGGUCAAUGCGACUUAAGCAAUGUGCAGUCAUUGAAUUCUUGACAGCAGAAGGUGUCACCUCAACAUCUUUAAACUUACUCGCCCAGUGACGCACAGUACUCACAUCAACACAGCCACCAUAAACAGCUUGCAUUCUCUGAUGAAUCUCCUUCAGGGUGACACCUUCUACUAUCAAAAAUUCAAUGACUGCACGUUGCUUAAGUCGCAUAGACAGUCUGCACCUGGUUCCAUACUUCGUACUUUAACAACACAACCGUUCAAUGCUAAGGCUUCCCACCAAAAUGGAACUGUAGAAGAGAGUCUACUGAACAAGCCAGUAGCUGCCAUAUGGCAGUACCACCAUUUGUUGAGUAAUGAAGGUGGAGGCAUUACUUUUCAUUCAACCCUCAUAGGUUACUGGCAUGAACAAUCCGUGGGAGCACCUCAAGAACAUAGCUGCUUGCACCUCAUGAAAGGAAUUUCCUAGUUUUUGUGACAAGAUGUUUACUCAUCAUGUGAGUAUUAAUAUUAAUAAUAAUAUUACAUAAUAUUCAUAAAUAUUAUUUGUGAAUGCAAAUUGAGGCUGCCAGCAAGUUAUUGGUUACCAACUUCGUUGCCUAUCAGAAGUUGGCUUCUAUAAUGCAAUAUCUCAAUCACAGAAGCUAAGCGUGUUGGGUUGCUGUGAGUUUUCCGUAUGGCCAUGUUCCAGAAGCAUUCUCUCCUGACGUUUCACCCACAUCUAUGGCAGGCAUCCUCAAAUCCCUCACAGCCUCUGAGGAUGCCUGUCAUAGAUGUGGGCGAAAUGUCAGGAGAGAAUGCUUCUGGAACAUUGCCAUAGACGAGAGUUAGAGGAAUGCAAGGUGCUAACUGUUGAUGCAAUUGACACUCAGUUAUAGGAUAUCUAUAGGAUUGUCCCAUGCCUGCUGGGUAUGGUUCGAUUGUAGGAUACUGGCAUGAACAAUCCAUGGAAGCAUCUCAAGAACGUAGGUGGUUGCACCUCAUGAAAGGAAUUGACUAGUUUUUUGUGACAGGAUGUUUUACUCAUCACUUGAGUAUUAAUAUGAUUCAUAAUAAUAUUAAAUAAUAUUAUUCAUAAAUAUUAUUUGUGAAUGCAAAUUGAGGCUGCCAGCAAGUUAUUGGGUGCCAACUUCGUUGCCUAUCAGAAGUUGGCUUCUAAAAUGCAAUAUCUUAAUCACAGAGCUAAGCGUGUUGGGUUGCUGUGAGUUUUCCAGGCUGUAUGACCAUGUUCCAGAAGCAUUCUCUCCUGACGUUUCACCCACAUCUAUGGCAGGCAUCCUCAUAUCCUUCACAGCCUCUGAGGAUGCCUGUCAUAGAUGUGGGUGAAACACCAGGAGAGAAUGCUUCUGGAACAUGGCCAUACAGCCUGGAAAACUCACGGCAACCCAGUGAUUCAGGCCGUGAAAGCCUCCGACAACACACUAAGCGUGUUGGUUUGUGGCAUGUAAACACGCAAGGCCUUUAAUCUAGGAAGCUUCUCUUGCUGUGCCUCACAGUCAUUUAUCCAUAGCUGGGCUUUUAUGGUAUACCAGCCAUUGAUCUUGAUGAUAUAAUUGCAUAAAGAUGUGCUUGCGCAGCUUGUGCCGCCUCGCCACGGA